AUUUAUGCCAGAUUAUGCCAGUGCGCGCUUGGUUGUAAUUAUGCUAAUUAAGUGACGACACAAUUAGCGCCCGCAUUAAAGGGAGGUGGAUUGGCAUAAUAGCAGUGUCGACUAAAAUGUUUAAAUCUUCUAUAAUGUUGACGAUGAAAGGAAAACUGUGAAAGUUUUUUUUUACUAUUUAGCUUUACUCAGGUAUGUCUGAAAGAUAUUCAUUUUUUGUUCAAUAUGUUGUAACUGUAAGAUUGUUGUUUAUAUUGGAGGAACAUCAGUUGAUGAAAGGAGUGAAUAAAGGACUUGAGAUAUACAACGAUGGAACUUCCUAAGAACAAAAAUGACUCUGCGAGCGAUAAAGUUGAAUCGUGUCAAAGCGACUUUUACGUCCGUCCUCUGAAUCGUGCCAUACAGAAAAAUUUAAGAACAACACAAUCUUCUCCUCAUCGCAGUGUUGAACUCCAUCACACAAAGAGUUUCAGCGAGAUAGUUCACCUGCAUCCAUCGCACACCGAUUUAUCCAGUAUUGCCACCAAUUCUCCUAAACUCCGAGCUAUUGAGGAACUGCAGCAUGAAAUACGUCGACCGGAGAGUGUUCUUGAGAUUUCCGAAAUGCCAACGACUAGCGACGAAGAGUCUGAUGUGGAUGCAAUAGAAACACAGCAAGAGAAAGGUGACGAGGCCAUGAAGAUUUUCCUAGAGUCAAACGUCAAUGUGCCUCUUGAUGGAAACAUGACAUCAUCGUCUGUAUCCCAGGAUACAAUAGACUCCGAUAUUGCAUCAGAGAGCGAGCUUAUCGUCGGAAAUUGGAAACGGGAAAAAAUAGAUUCUAUUGUAUCGAGUAGUUCCAGUGCUGAGAAACGUUUUUUGACGCCUUCCGGUAUUCUUCUCUACCGAGAACAACAAGUUGAUUCAAUGCUUGACACGAAACGUGUUCAUCGCUCGUCAUCUUCCUCUGAGAGGCCAAUGAGUCCACUUGCUGUUCGUAAGAGUAAAGAGUCUCUCAAUGAUAACAGCAUGAAUAACAAGGUGUACAAAGAUGAUCAUGAAGGAUACAAGAAGGACAAUGCAAGAGACGAGGAUGAUACCGAUAGUGAUAGCGAGACUGAUGAUGAUGAUGUCAUCUCUGUUAGAGGAGAGAAAAUCCCGAGGAAAAAUUUUGUAUCUAAUUCUGGACUACAGGAUCUUGGACAACUUGUUCGCAAGUACGAGAAACAAUAUGAACAACUUAUUAACAGGAGUAAACAACAACACGACAGAAUAAAUACUUUACAAAAGGAUAAUGUCAAUAUGCAUAGAGAACACAAUCGUCUUCAGGGCUUGAUUCGAGACUGUUAUAAAUAUGAAGACGGUUUGAAAAGAAAGGCAGCGGAGGUUUCUGAAGAGAAAGAGAAGGUAAUUUCACAAUUAGGUCAACAAGUUAAAGAUCUCCGUAGUAAAUUGCAAGAAAAAAUAUGCGAGAAUAGUGACCUACAGGAAAGCGCCGAAUACUGUCAGAUGCAGGUGAAUAAGUAUGAUGAUAUUAUGAAACAGCUUAUGACUGAAGCAAUCGCGAUGUUUGAUACAUUCUCGAAAGAAUCUCAGUCGAAAGAAACUUUUGAAUAUGAUGCUGAGACGAAUCCGGACGAACUAGUUGGUUUGCUGAAAAGCAGAAGACAGUCGCUUUCGGAUGAGCUCAAACAUGAUUAUGAUGACAAAAGGCCUCCAAAUGACUGUCAAAUAACAAUGUCGAAGAAACAAUGCACCAAAAGAGGUUUUUUGCUGAAACGUUCCGCAAGUUUAGAUACACUUUUGACUCUAAGGAAACGUUAUUACGGCAAACUAAACGAACAUUCUUUAUUGUUUUUGAGAAAUGAAAUGGACGUACAACCGAAAGAUUUGGAGAAGAAAAAUGAUCAGUUAAUGAAGGUUAACACAGCGCUUCGAAAAAAAUGUUCAAAAUGGAAACAACAAUUCGAACAUUUGAAGGAACGAUACGCAAAGAGAUCUGGCGCUAGUGACGUCAAAAGAAAGUAUGAGCAAGUUCUUCCGAGUACUGAGUUGCGACGAUUGCAAAAAAUAAUCCAACACCGAAGAAAGUGUCACUCUGAAUCAUCAAUCAACACGUUACAACUAUGGCGGAAGCAAAGUACUUAUAUUAUCGAACAAAACAAAAGACGACAUACGGUAUCCGUUUUCAACACAGAUGAUCUGGAACCUGAAAUGUCAAUAGAAACAGUUUCAUCCGUGGAGAAUUUCACAACUCUAACGGAUAACAGUGACGUGAAAACUUCUACCACUGCAUUGGAAGAGGAUGAAGAAACGGUUGGACACCAGGAACUUUCUCAUUUGGAGCAGCGUUUGAAGCAGCUGUCGAAGAUCACUGAAAACAUGAGUGAAACAAUUGUGAAAAAUAGCCAAAGUGUCAGAAGUAUGACCAAGGUGACGGGUGGCGAGAACUUGGUGAAACUGUUGUCUGGUAUCUAUGGCGAAAAACUUUUUUCCAUCAUCAAAGAGAUUUAUGAUGAACAUUUGAGAGUAAUGCAGAAUAAUAUUGAAAGUCGUGAGCGGGAAUGCCGCCUCUUUAAAGAGCAGUUGUUGCAAAAGGACCAUAAGAUUGAAAUGAUGGAGUAUCAUUUCAAAUCUCUCAAAAGAGAACUUUAUCUUUCUCAAAAAGAACUGAGGAAUUACGAAAAUACAAACGAGACAUUGGAAAGUGAAAUACAAAGUUUGAAAGACAAAAUGUUGGUUCAGAAAACUGAACAUGAAAUGGUUAAGUUCUACCAUGAGAACCAUGAAAAGAGAAAUUAUCGUCCCAGCAAUGAGAAUUUUUAUAUAAAGCAACAGGAUGAUUGGGAUUUGUUUUAAACUUGCUUUUGCAAAAUGACGACACAUGGAGGCUUAAUUUCUUGUUUGCUUUAAUUUAUAGAAGUGGCGUCUCAAUUUAAAAACAAAUUAAACGGCCUCUUAAGUAAGUACAAAAUUAUUUAAGUAAACAUUUGUUACUCAUCUCCUGAAUAAAUAUAAUUUUACGUACGUCUA